CCGUCGAAACGCGAGUGGGAUUUUUCUCUUGCGUCCGUUGCGCCUGUGAUACCCGACAACUGUAGCAGCAUUUCAUCUGAUCCGACUUCAACUGAAGGCUCGCCGACUGAUGCGGAAGCAGUUUACCUCGUUUCGCACGGGCCACCAAAGAAAAUUGUUAAGUUCACAGGCGCCCGGAAGCUCGCCGACCUUCACGAAAGUGUGCGGAUGGGUGGGUUCGCGCACCUGAUGACAUGCAACGAUCUCCUAAUACAGCAUGCUGGAAGCUGCACAGGGGAGUUGGCAAGGGGGCACAAGGAAGCAAUGCCCUGUUGCUGUCCGUAGGGUGAACGCAAGGCGGCUCGUGGCGGCCGCAAUUUCUACGCUGCGCUUUUCAUCUCUGAAGCCAUGCGCAGCAGCGUGCAGUCGUCAUGUUCAGAAAAGCAGUGCAAAGGUACCCGAAUAAGCUGUGCAACAUUGCUGCAAGGUGCCUUGGUAAACCAGUACCCAGCCCUGAGGAACAGAUUGGACUCUGGCUAUAUGCAAAAGGCGUGAGCGCCAUCAUGGUUCUACCAUUUCUUGUCAAUGAGCGAGGGGACGACAUGUUCACAAAAAUGACGCCAGUACAGGAGUUUGCCCACCCCACAUUGCUGUACACUGGCGACAACCGCAUCUCUUCCAAGGCCCUGUGUGUGAAGUGUGGAUAUAUCUGAACCGAAGCAGAUCGAAAUUUGAUGCAAACAGGGAGGCAGUGCUAAUGGAAACAUUUAGAGGAUCGCAGUGUUGGAGGGAGUGGCGCGGAGCAUGGCGGCAGGUUUCCAGGCGAGUGUGGCCACGGAACUGGAUCGCAGUGUUGGAGGGAGUGGCGCGGAGCAUGGCGGCAGGUUUCCAGGCGAGUGUGGCCACGGAACUGGAUCGCAGUGUUGGAGGGAGUGGCGCGGAGCAUGGCGGCAGGUUUCCAGGCGAGUGUGGCCACGGAACUGGAUCGCAGUGUUGGAGGGAGUGGCGCGGAGCAUGGCGGCAGGUUUCCAGGCGAGUGUGGCCACGGAACUGUGACGUCAGCGCUGACACAGCAGCAGUCGCGUUCCCGUGCUACCGGAGGGCAGCCCAGCCACCCAGCCACGCUGCAAGUGGCGCUCACCAUGUGGAGACCUUGCAUCACCCAGAUAUCCCCCGACUGUUUGUUGUUCGUGGAGGAAUAUGGCACCAAGUGGUGGCCGCUUCGUACCGCGGUCGACGGAUGGUGCAGCUGCGAGAAGCCCAAAAUGCCGUGUAUUCGUCCUGCCGAGCCGCUAGCUUGCGUCGACACCCACGGACAGGAGUCUAAUUGAAUAAAAAUU